UCACUAAUGAUUCAUUUUUAUUGGUUGAACCUCUUUUUGAUUAUUUCUAUAUUUUUUGGAAUACUUUUUUUUGGAACACCUUUUGAUUCUUGGGUCUCUUCUAUAUAUACAAAUACAAAACCACUUCUGCCUCAUAGAUUAAUGCUAUCUACGUUUUCUUUCUCUCCAAUUGCCUAUGAUGCAAGAAUUAAGCUUAGAACUGUUCUCCAACGACGUCGUUCGCUUAGACCUAACUCCUCCCCAAACAUCACCUACUUCUCUCUCCAUAGACGAAGAAGAAUCACCGGAGGCCAAGAUCCGACGGCUGAUAUCAGAGCAUCCAGUGAUCAUCUUCAGCAGAUCUUCUUGUUGCAUGUCCCACGUCAUGAAAAGACUCCUCACCACAAUAGGAGUCGUCCCCACCGUCAUCGAGCUCGAUGAUCACGAGGUUUCCUCUCUCCCCAUGGCUCUUGAAGAAGAAUAUUCCGGCGGCGGCUCCGUCGUUCUUCCGUCUCCGGCGGUUUUCAUUGGUCGUGAGUGUGUCGGUGGUUUUGAGUCCCUCGUCGCGCUCCAUCUAAGUGGUCACCUUGUCCCUAAGCUUGUCCAAGUUGGAGCUCUUCGGUUUUAUGGUUAUCAUAUGGAUGCGUUGUCGAUCUGAAAGUUAAUUUCAUUGUUUAUGUCAAUAUUCUAAAGAAUAAAGUAGAGAACUGAGUAAAGAAGAUUCUACCAUUUAUUCGUAAGGCCUCCCAGCUCCAGGCUUCAAGGAAAUAUUCCUCUUUAUAGAAAAAUAUCAAAUAAUUUUAUUACUGUGUGCCUUGGUCUCGUGUAUUAAGUAGUUGGUAGAGUUUAUGCAUUAAGUUGUUGAAGUUUUUUUUUUUUUGAGAAUUAAGUUAUUGAAGUUUGAAUCAGCC